AUGCCUUGGAUAGGCUUUCUGCCGGCAGAAUGUUUCGAUGAAAUAUUAAACCAUCUUCAAAAUGACCAAUCCUCUCUCUAUAGUUGUUUAUUUGUCAGUCGUUUCUGGUGCACUCGUAUUAUUCCUUUCCUUUGGAAAAAACCUUUUGCAUUACAAAGGAUGCAUGGAUUUGUUCCGUUAAUAAGAACUUAUCUUUCUUGCUUGAAUAAAGUUGAACAAUCUCAACUAAUCCCUUGUUGUAUCGAUCUUCCUCAUGAAAAUCUUUUAUUUGAAUAUGGAAAGUAUUUACAAGAUCUCUCUUAUGAAUCUUUGCAUUUAUCAGUCAGAAGUUGGUUAUAUAAUGAAAACGAAAAACACAUUUUACGUAGUCUUCAAAGAAAUAAUGAUUGUCGAAUCGGAGCUAUCAUGAGAGCACUCUUUCAAAUGUUCAUGCGACAAAGUACAAAUUUAAAAGGUUUAACUAUUGGACCUAUGUCAAUUUAUGAUAUUCCAAAUGUGUCUAUCUUCUCAUCCGCUUCGAUUGGCUUGUCUAGACUAGAUCAUUUCCAAUUUUAUAUGUAUGAUGAGAAUGAUGGUAAAAAUUUUCCAAACGUUGUUAAUCUUUUUCGCCACAUGCCUUCUUUAUGUUCUAGCCUUUUCAGGCUGGAUAUCCUUCUCGAUGUAACUUCAAAUUAUCCUGUAGAAACAAUUGAUAUUGUCAACUUAAUUAGAGCUCAACGUGCGUUAAAUGGAUUUUAUUUAUUAUACAGAGGUGAUGGAUGUCAAGAUAUUAUUUCUGCUUUACGACCUCAUGCGAACUUCUUAACUUCGUUGGUUUUUGAUUCUCUCCAAUUCUCUAAUAUUUCUCUGAAACCCUUGUCAAUUUGUGCUCAUCUGACUUCUUUCACCAUGAUUUCUUGUCAAAAUGUUACUAUUAAGCAUUGUAAUGAUUUAUGUAAAGCUCCUUUUCAUCUCAAAACUUUAACCUUGGACGAUAAUGAUAUGUCUUCAAUCGCAACAAUUUCUUUAAUC